GUACGAAGAAGAAACAUUCCAGAUUCAGUUUUGGAUGCAUUUUGACAAGUUUGCGCCCGUUCACCAGUCAUGGUGCAUCUAUCGAGCAACUCCGCCUAACCCAUCAGGUUUUGGAAGUCAGAAAUGGAUUCUACGAGAACUCAUGCUGCAGCUUUGGAUUUUGCUCAUAGUUACAGAAUUCGUACACCCAGCCGCGAUUUCCGAAUUGGUACGACUCGUACGCAAUUGCAAUUCGCCGGCGUUCCGAUCGGCACUGGUACUGUGAUCCAAUUCGCCAUGCCUCCCUUACCAGGAAGUAAAGAUGACUCACAUGUUUCCCCUAUCUCCUGGGAACCUGUGGAAGAUGAGGAUGACAUCAUCUCCCUUAUUGGCUACCACUCAGAUGGGGAUCUUGGUCCUUCCCUUUCAAAGGGAACCCCCAUCACUCCUCUUCAGAUGGACCUAUCUCUUUGCUCAAAAGUCUCAAUGCCUUUACAACGAGCUGACGAGGAAAACCAUGUUGGUUAUGCCACAAGGAGCAAGACUAGGAAGGAAGUACCUCCCAACCCCCCUUAUGAAGCUUAUCUUUUGGAAUUCCUGUGGGGUCAGCUCCUCCCUCAGCAGGCUCAUAUUCCUCAAGAGGAAACAUAAACUUCACUUUCUUUGUAUCAUUGAACCCAUUAAUAAUGCUAGCUAGCUUGAUAUCUUCAGGCUUCACUUUGGUUCUCUAAUUCCAUCAGCUCCUCUAACAAUAAGAGAUGAAUCUUUUG